AAACACUGAAUAUGUAGCGUUGACUAACUCUCCCCCACCUUGCCCAAGGGGAGUUCCUGACAAAAUGCGUUUCUCUUCCGUUGAUGCCGCCUGAUUUGCUGGGCACUUCUCGAAUUUCCAUUUCCCCUUUUCCGAUGUUUAAAGAAAGUAUUGCAGCCUACAGGAAUUCUGCAGCUGUGUGCGAACAAGAAGCGGCAGUGGGCGUUGUGUCGAGGCGGUCACGCGCCUCUCCGCUCCGAGCGCGCGCCCGUUGCUAUGCGUGCUCUUGUUUACCCGGCCCGGGCUGGUGUUCCAUUCACACAAUGUUGGGGCUUGGCAACAAUCGUUCCCACCUGUCGCAACGUUCAGUCAGCAAGUUCCACAGGCAGUCGCUGGUGGCGGGACGACGUGCCGUGUCCGGUUUUUGACAAGGCAGCCAAAGAUUAGUGGCGAUAUCGUUACUGUGUGGCUCAGCCUCACGCGUUUACAAUUGAAAUUAGUGCAGAGACAUUGUGCGCUUCAUACACACGGCGAAGUUGAGCGAGGCGUGUUAAAAGCCACCCGCUGCCCUCAUAAACAUUGGAACGACGGUUGUCGGCGGCAUCUACGCAUUGAGAAGAGAGAAGUGAGAAAGGAGAGAAGAAAAAGAAGUUGUGAAGAAUAGAUUAGUGAGCGUGGGUGAAAAACCAAUAAAGAUAAAGUGAAAGAGAAGGAAUAAGUGAAGAAGGAAAGCAGGAGGGAGAUUAUUCCAUUGCCACAGCAAGAUGAGAGCAGGCUGGAUAUGGUUCUACAUUUGGUGAAGAGAGCUGCAUAACUUGUGGAAGACAACCCUGGACUGGACAGACUGAAUUAAACUGAGAAAUUCCCACAGUCCUGUGAUGAGCAGGCAGCUGUUUGGAAAUAAAAUGGUGCCAGAACAACAUAUUGUUUCUGUGCUUCUGCCAAAUAAGGAACAACUCGAAGUCAUCGUUGGAGUAAGAGCAACAGUUCAACACCUCAACAAUCAAGUCUGUGACAUGCUGAAGAUCCGAGAAAAUCACUUCUUAGGUCUGAGUGUGGUACAAAACAACGAAUACAUUUUCAUGGACUCUGAGCAGAAGCUUAGCAAAUACUUUCCCAAGGAAUGGAAGAAAGAAAUGAGCAAAAAUGAUGAGAGGUUUGGCACUCCAUUCGUUGUAUGUUUAAGGGUGCAGUACUACGUGGAAAAUGGAAAAGUAAUAAGUGAUAAGAAGGCACGGCAUUUCUAUUAUUGCCAACUAAAAGAGCAAGUUUUACACUCUCACUGCACAAGUAAAGAGGAAGCAUAUUUUCUACUCGCAGCAUAUGCAUUGCAGGCUGACCUGGGAAACUACAAAAAGAAUGUCCACACUGGAAACUAUUUUGAACCUCAAGAUUAUUUCCCUCAAUGGGUAAUUAGCAAAAGGGGCUGUGAAUAUAUUUUGAAGCAUGUUCCAAAAAUGCAUAGAGAGCAGCGUGGAUUGACUCCUAAAGAGGGGAUGCUCAGGUUUAUUAAAGAGGCUUGUCUUUUAGAGGAUGUGCCUGUUCAUUACUACCGGCUUCAGAAAGACAAGAAGGAAGAGCAUCCUUCAGUGGUGCUUGGGCUCACUUUGAAAGGCAUGCAUAUCUAUCAGGAGCUUCACAAUGCCCGGCAUUUGCUGUACGACUUUCCCUGGUCUAAUAUUGGCAAGCUGACUUUUCUGGGAAAGAAGUUUGAGAUCCAGCUGGAUGGUUUACCCUCUGCUCGGAAGCUGAUCUAUUAUACAGGCUGUCCAUUCCGAUCCAAACAUUUGCUGCAACUCCUCAGCAAUAGCCACCGACUAUACAUGAAUAUUCAGCCAAUGCUCAAGCAGAUCCGAAAAAUGGAAGAAACAGAAGACAAAAAGCGCUACAGAGAAUCAUACAUCAGUGAUACAUUUGAAAUGGAUCUUGAACGACUAGAUGCACAUUCUCACAACAGUGGGAGCAGCCAAGGAAGUGGAAGGAACAAACGUCUCUCCCGCCAGUCAACAGUCAGCCAUGGCAGUUCGCAUACCUCUGGAAUUGAGGCAGAUUCAAGGUAUAGAAUGUCUGCGGAAAUGGCAGUGGAUGAACCAUUGUCUGUUGAACCAGUGCACAGUAUAGUUAAAUCCAGUAGUUCCAUGAUGAGCCGCGGAAGCUCCCACACAUCAGGAAUUGGGAGCAGCAGCAAAGAUCGGACAGAAAAUAAUGAAGAGGAGGUACUUAUCAAUGAUCCACUUGAGGUAUCACAAUCAAAUAAGUGGAUUGAAGGUGAAUCUGUUGACUACCCCCUCAUUGAACAGGAUUACCUACAAGGUAUCAACAACGAAACCAUUGUGAGUUUAUGUGAUUCUUUGGUAAAACUUCGAGGGCAAAGUGCAGUCUCGCUCUCGCAGGCCUCACAAUCUAAGCCAAGAAACUCAACUGAUCGCCAUAGUCAGAGUUUAGAUGAUGUUCGCCUGUAUCAACAACAACCACCUUUGUGCUCUGCUUUGUCUUCAGACGCCUCUCAAAGUUACACUUUUGGUUGUAUCCAUGAGGACAAAGAUAGCCAAUCCUGUUAUACUUAUUCCACAGCAGAAUGUAAUACAAAGUCCACAUUUUACGGCAAACGUUCAAUGAACUGUCUAUCCUUAGAUCUUCUUCGAGAUGAACAACUAAUGGAAUUUGUGGUAUAAUUAAAACUGGACCAUCAUGGUGGAUAUGUUAACUGCAAAGUCUUGAACCGAUCGACUUUAAGUGUUAAACAAUGACUAGAUGAAGGAGCAUUAUGAAGGAUUUGUGAAAAUAUUGUCUAAUAGCAGUACAUAUACAUUGAAAGAACAUCCAAAAACUUGAGCCUAAAAAUAAUUUUUGCAAACGAUUUAAUGGAUUUUAUUUAACCCCUCACCACAACCUAGUGCGCAAUGAAGACUCACUGUUAGAAGCCAACAGCACUUAUUGGAAUAUUUUGGAACUUACUUAGGACUGACACUACCUAGUACAGUUGCAACACUUGUCUGCACCAGCAAAAUAAAAAGAUGAACAAAUAUAUUCUGCAUAUACAAAACAGUACAGAUCCAGUCUGGCCCAAGUUCAGCAUACUUAGUCCUCACCAAAAUUAUAUUUAGAUAGUGGUAUUAAUCUCCAAUUUCCCAAAUAACUAAUUUGCCAAAUGUCAGUUUUGGUUAUUUUAAAACAACUUGGCUCUUGAUUUCAUUAAAGUUUUGGUCUAAUCAUGCACAAGAGAGUCUAAUUCCUGAAGUGAGGUAAAAAUGACUAUUUAACAUCAAUGCAGAGAUUGUUGGAUUGUGCCAGCAAGGAGUCGUAAUAAGAUUGAUUCAAUAGAAAUGUGAUGAUAACAAGUGCACUAGUAGAGCUAUGCCUCAUACAAAGGUUGUGAUUAUUGAAGAGCCAUUAACUCAGCGGUAGUAUAGGACUCCAGGAUGUCUCAGUACAGUGCCCUAGCCCCGAUCAUCUUCAGCUGUUUCAGCAAUAGCAUUUCCAUUUUCAUAUGGUCAGUAGUGGAGAUGCUUGUUAAUGAUUGUAUAUAUUCAUUUCCAUUCACAAUUCCUCAUAUAUAAUGAAGCAUGGCAUGGCCUGAUAAGUGGCAAGUAACAUGUGUAUCACACAUGUGCCAAGCAAUGGGCAUCUCUAACAAGAAGCCAGUCACUUCCACAUACUAUUCAGAGGCAUUCCCACUGUUCAGUUCUCCACUAACAAUAUACUUUUAAUCAUCAUUGACUAUAAACUUAAACUGAAUCAGCCUUAAGUUUGGAGGAUGGGAAUACUGAGAUGAAUGGGAUUGCCAAAAGUCUUUUCACUUUCAAUAAAUGUUUGUUUAUUAUGGUAUAGUUUCCUCCUGGCUGGAUGAGCACAACACUCAGGAAGCUUGAUGCAAUCUAGCACAUGUCAACUCACUGUGCUGAACAUUGCACCGCAAAUGCAACAGACUGCAGUGUAUCUACAAGAUACAGAUAUAGUGUCUUGUAGAUAACACAGCAAUACCUUCUGUAAGCAAGUUAGUACAUAUAGAGCAGACAUACAGAAACAUCACAACCUCCAAGUUCCCAACCAGGAUCAAAAUAUCACUACAUGAUACCACUCUGAGCUUAGUCUGAGCUUAGUCUGAGCUCAGAUACUCAAGAUUAUCUCCAAAAUAGCAUAAAGUGUUGGCCUUGCCAAAGACAUGAAUGAUUUGGGUCUGAGUGGAAAGAAAUAUUGCCUGGAGACAAAUUUGCAAGACAUAAGCAAUUGCACUGCACUACUUUUUAAAAUAGCCUUGACGCGGAUAUGUGCCUAACUGCCUUAAAUGACCUUAAAAGUAAGAGAAUAUGCAACAGUAGUAUUAAUAUUACAAUGCCGUCCACUGAAAAUUAAUGCUCGAUUAAAAGAUAGCAAUAAAGAUAAAAUACUAACAGUGUAGAAUAUUUGGAUGAAUUCAGGUUGUAAGUGCAGGCAACGGGUAUGCAGAGGCAGGAUAAAUUCCUUUCCUCAUGAUAUUUAUUCCUUUUUUAAUGUACCCUUGAUUAAUUGUGAUUAUAGCAAAGUAUUGAUCAUUCAGCCCUCCAAUCACAGCUGCCAAUGUUGCUCUGGUCUCCCUUCUUAGUCUUUUCUAUUCUGGUAAAACCAUUUCAACUAUUCAUAUCCUUCUUAAAAGCUAUAACUACAGUAUUUACUCUAGGCAGUGUUUCAAUUAGUAUACUAUUUUCUCUCUGUGGCUUCCUAUAAUGUACAUUCUGUAAACACAUGCCUAGUUCAUAUGUUUGUUUGCUUACUCCAGUACCAUAAAAACGUGUUGCCUGCAACCUGUUUAAAUGUGAACAGCUCGGAUACAUCAACCGUGAUGGGUUAUACUGUGAUCUGCAGGUCUGAUCACCUUUCAGAUGCCAAUGCACCCAUUUACUGGCUAUGUACCUCGCAUAAUGGAGGAAAGGAAAUUCUCAACUCCAAGUUUAAAUGAUGCACAAUGACCACAUUUGUUUUUAGUGUGGUGUUGUGGUUACAAAAUGUGCAUUUCAGCAAUUGAUUUAUAUUCCCUGACAUAUAUACUUUAGCCACAAUAUGUAAUGUCUGUAAUCAAAGCCUGGUUUGGAUAUAACUAUGUUUGAAUAGUUCAGACCUAUGUGGGGUUGGAGAAUUAUUUACAUAUUUCUUAUGUGUUAAAUAUUGUUUUCUCUCCAACCUUCACUUUCUCUGCUGCCAUGCAGACUAGCUGGGUUUUUUUAAUUUCCAUUUGUUUUCUUGGUUUCUUUUACCAAUUCACAUUGAUUCUGUCAGUGUUUUGUAAAUUGAAGAGUUGAACGCAUAAGCUGUUGCAUAAUGAAUUAUUUAUAUUGCUUUCAAACAUGUGAUGUGUUUGUUCUUAAAAAACAAGUAACUUUUUUGUAGAGAUUUGGAAGUAUUGGUUAUGUAUACUUUCCGAAGAAUUGUUUUGAAAUGCUGAAGAACAAUCAUGUUAUAUUGUAUGGAGCUUUAUUACAGUAUUAUAACUAAGCACUGUGAUCAUUAAUUAUGCAAAUUAUCCAAUUAGAUGCUGAACAAUUAGACAAUGUUUGUCUAAACCCCUGUUACAUUUGCUGGGGGAUUUAAAUAUUUGUUUUAUAGAAUAGUUGAACUGUUAUUUGUAUACAUUGAACAUCUAGUUUUAAAUGUGAGAUUCAUAUUAGUGUUCACUAACACCCUUUCCAUGAAAGGAUCUUUAUUAUAAAGAUAAAAUAAGUUACAUUUGAAAUGUCAUGCUUUCUUUCACAAAUUGAAAAGAUAAAUAUCUACAUACAGU